UCAACCACCGUGAUCCCUCCCUCCUUCAGCAUCCCAAGUCCUGAGGUCCCAGGGAGGGGAGUGGGGCUGAGAGUUGCCACCCCCAAGCACAUUCCUGCCCUUCCCUCUGUCAUUUUCCUGCCUCUGAGCUGGCCCACCUCGGCAUUAGCUCCUUGGAUUCCUCUCCCGGGUGCCUUUCAGAUCCAACAGAAACAUUUUUUUUUUUCCUGGAAAGCAGAACUAAGAGCAGCAUGAGGACUAGGGGUGGAAAGGGCUCAUCGUGAGCAGGAAGGAGCUGGGGGGCAAGGGGGAGCGGUGGGAGAGUCAGGCUGAGACCAGGAGAGGGUUCCAAGCUCUGCUUCCCUGAUGAUGAAGGCUAGACUUCAGGAUGGACUUCCCAGCUCUUGAGAAGAUAGACCCAUGUGUGACUGGGGAGCAACGGCAUCUCUAGCUGCAUCUCCCCUUUCUGGUUCCCCAGCCCAUCGGAGUCUCGCCUGAAGAUCUUAAAGGGGUGGGCCAGCCUUCCCCACCCCUCCAUCCUCACUCUGAGAUGUCCUUCUGAGGCGUCAUCCCAACCCUCAGCUUUCUGGAGACUGGACCAGGCUUCUGUCCCUGCAGAGCGCACCCCCUUCCAAGCCCAGAUGCCUGAGUAGAGUGUUUACUUCCGGUCCCCUCCUCCCUCACCCCGGGGCAAUCAAGGGAGGAGCGAUGGAGAAGUGGGCAGGCAGGCUCUGGUUGUGUCUGGUGAUGCUUCUGUCCCUCCCCGAGCUCUGCCUGGAUCAGGAGGUGUUGUCUGGACACUCUCUUCAGGCAUCCCCCGAGGAGAGCCAGGCCCCUGAGGGUGUCUGGGGUCCUUGGGACCAGUGGGCUUCUUGCUCCCAGCCCUGCGGGGUCGGGGUGCAGCGCAGGAGCCGGACCUGUCAGCUCCCUACAAUUCAACUGCCCCUCCCACCCCGGCCCCCACGACAUCCAGAAGCCCGGAUCUUUCGGGGUCAGGGCCUCAGACCCCAGACCUCCCGGGAAACCCUUCCCCUGUACAAGCCACCGCCUCGGGGAAGGGGUGGCCCCCUUCGAGGUCCUGCUUCCCAGUUAGGGAGAGAGGAGGCCCAGGAGAUUCAAGGAACCAGGAGGUCCCGGGUUCGAGACCCCAUCAAGCCAGGAAUGUUUGGUUAUGGGAGAGUGCCCUUUGCUUUGCCGCUCCAUAGGAACCGCAGACAUCCCAGGAGACCACCCAGAUCUGAGCCCUUGAAGACCUCAGAUCUUCCACCCCUGACUCCAAGAGCAGAGCCUUUCUCCGCAAACCACACCCCACCGACUGAGCUUCCUCCUACGGAAGCGUCUGCCCACACCCUGUCCCCCUCAGCAGAGCCCUCAAGUCCCGAAGCUGCUCAGGCAGAGGUGCCGCCUAGAACCAGGGCUGCCCCUACACGGCUGCACCCCAGCGCCCAGGCCUCUGGCACUGAGCCCUCCGGGUCCCCCCCAGCCCCAGGAGAAGGCGGCUCCUUUCACGUGUCCUCUCAGCCACGAAGACCAAGUUCCCAGGGCUGGGCCAGCCCCCGGCUGGCAGAGAGACCCCCUGAUCCCUUCCUUUCUGCCCCUCGGAGCCGAGGGCAGCAGAGCCGGGAGCACUGGAGACCUGGGGGGAGUCUUCACGGGUCCCUGAUGGAGCCCGCCCCUCCCCACCCAGAUGGCUGGUUGCCUCUGCUGAGGGCUGGCCCCCACUCCAGCUCCCUGUGGAGCCUCUUCGCUCCCAGUAGCCCUGUCCCAAGAUGUUCCGGGGAGAGUGAGCAGCUGAGAGCCUGCAUCCAAGCGCCCUGCCCCCCUGAGCAGCCAGACCCCCGGGCCCUGCAGUGUGCAGCCUUUGACUCCCAGGAGUUCAUGGGCCAGCUGUACCAAUGGGAGCCCUUCACGGAAGUUCAGGGUUCCCAACUCUGUGAGCUGAACUGUCGUCCCCGUGGCUUCCGCUUCUAUGUCCGUCACACCGAAAAGGUCCAGGACGGGACCCUGUGUCAGCCUGGAGCCCUAGACCUCUGCGUGGCUGGACGCUGUCUGAGCCCUGGCUGCGAUGGGAUCCUCGGCUCUGGCAGGCGUCCAGAUGGCUGUGGAGUCUGUGGGGGUGAUGAUUCUACCUGUCGCCUCGUCUCGGGGAACCUCACUGACCGGGGCGGCCCUCUGGGCUAUCAGAAGAUCCUGUUGAUUCCUGCUGGAGCCUCACGGCUCCAGAUUGCCCAGCUCCGGCCCAGCUCCAACUACCUUGCACUUCGAGGCCCUGGGGGCCGGUCCAUCAUCAACGGAAACUGGGCUGUGGAUCCCCCUGGGUCCUACACAGCCGGUGGGACCGUAUUCCGGUAUAACCGUCCUCCUCGAGAGGAGGGCACCGGGGAGAGCCUGUCCGCCGAAGGCCCCACGACCCAGCCUGUGGAUGUCUACAUGAUCUUUCAGGAGGAAAACCCAGGUGUUUUUUAUCAGUACGUCAUCUCUUCACCUCCUCCAAACCUUGAGAACCCCACCCCAGAGCCCCAGACCCCCCAACUCCAGCCUGAGAUUUUGAGGGUGGAGCCCCCACCUGCUUCAGCAGCCCGCCCUGCCCGGACCCCAGGCACCCUCCAGCGUCAGGUGCGGAUCCCCCAGAUGCCUGCCCCACCCCCUCCCAGGACACCCCUGGGGUCUCCGGUCGGAUAUUGGAAACGGGUGGGACACUCUGAAUGCUCGGCAUCCUGUGGAAAAGGUGUUUGGCGCCCCAUCUUCCUCUGCAUUUCUCGUGAGUCAGGAGAGGAACUGGACGAACGCAGCUGUGCUGUGGGCACCAGGCCCCCAGCCUCCCAGGAACCCUGCCACGGCCCCCCGUGCCCACCAUACUGGGAGGCCGGCGAGUGGACAUCCUGCAGCCGCUCCUGUGGCCCUGGCACCCAGCACCGUCAGCUACGCUGCCGCCAGGAGUUUGGGGGUGGCGGCUCCUCAGUGCCUCCCGAGCGCUGCGGACACCUCCCCCGGCCCAACAUCACCCAGCCCUGCCAGCUGCGCCUCUGUGGCCACUGGGAGGUUCGUUCCCCCUGGAGCCAGUGCUCUGUGCGGUGCGGCCGUGGCCAGAGGAGCCGCCAGGUCCGCUGUGUCGGCAACAACGGUGAUGAAGUGAGCGAGCAGGAGUGCGCCUCAGGCCCCCCGCGGCCCCCCAGCCGAGAGGCCUGUGACAUGGGGCCCUGCACCACGGCCUGGUUCCACAGUGACUGGAGCUCCAAGUGCUCAGCCGAGUGUGGGACGGGGAUCCAACGACGUUCUGUUGUCUGCCUGGGGAGUGGAGAGGCCCGUGGGGUGGGCCCAGAGGAAUCAGGAGUCGGAACUGGUGAGCAGACCUGUGCCCCCGGAAGCCGCCCCCCUGACAUGCGGGCCUGCAGCCUGGGGCCCUGUGAGAUGACGUGGUGCUGGUACACGGGGCCCUGGGCCGAGUGCUCCUCCGAAUGUGGCUCUGGCACUCGGCGCAGAGACAUCAUCUGUGUGUCCAAACUGGGGGCUGAGUUCAAUGUGACUUCUCCUAGCAACUGUUCCCACCUGCCCAGGCCCCCCGCCCUGCAGCCCUGUCAGGGGCAGGACUGCCAGGACCGGUGGUUUUCUACACCCUGGAGCCCGCUGGGGUCUCCCCAGUGUUCUCGCUCCUGCCAGGGAGGCGUGCAGACGAGGGAGGUCCAAUGCCUGACCGCCAACCAGACCCUCAGCAUACGAUGCCCUCUUCACCUGCGGCCCUCCAGGAAACGAUCCUGUAACAGCCAACCCUGCAGCCAGCGCCCUGAUGAUCAAUGCAAGGACAGCUCUCCACAUUGCCCCCUGGUGGUGCAGGCCCGGCUCUGCGUCUACCCCUACUACACAGCCACCUGUUGCCGCUCUUGCGCCCAUGUCCUGGAGCGGUCUCCGCCAGAGCCCGCCUGAAAUGGGUCCGGGAGACCCUCUCCUCAAGGAUUUCUCAUGCCACCAUCAGUCACCAUCAAUCAGCCUAACUUGUACCCUCUAGCUCUCCAGCCUGUCCUGGUCUCACUAGGGACGUCCCCCAGGGUGGUCGAGGGUGGUGAGAUGACUGACAGUUACUGUGUGGUGGUGUGAUGGUGUGUGCACCUGCCCCCAAAUGUGUAUCUGGGCCUGUGUGGAUGUGUCUGCGCUCGGACAUCUGUAUCACUUCCCCAAAAGAAGUUAAACAGACAGAGAAGGAAUGGAGAGGGGACGAUGCCUGUUUCCCUGAGACUUCUAGGCUGAGAGGAAAGCAGGUUUGUAGCCUUUGGGGAAUCCAAGCUACUCAGAGUCUGGCCUCUCCAUCAGUCCCAACUUUGUGUCCUAAACCUCGUUUUUCCUGUUCAGGCCUCCCAUCUUCUAAAGCACCCUUUUGUCUCUGAGCCCUUCUCCCCUUGCCUAGUCUCUCUAUCCCUCCCUCUCAUAGUUAGCUAGGGAUGGGGGUCAGCCGUGGCCAAUCCUGCCUUUCCCCAGGAAGAGACUAUCCCUCCGGAGCAGGGACCCGCUGGGCAGAGGCUGGAAAACGGAAAGGUUAGAAUAAGAAAGCCUAGCCCCUGCUCCCACUCCCCACCUCCUAAAAUGGUUCCCAACUAAUUUAUUUUUUAUUAAAGAUGAUUAUGACAAAUGAGAAA